AUGGUCACAUUGGCUAGAUUAUUUAACCGAUUAUCGCUCUCGUCUAUGACCAAAGACAUCCGUUACACAACUGUUCGUCCCAUAUCGCUGGAAAGUUUGGAAACAUUAUUGAACAAACCGAAACCGGGCGGAGGAAAAUCGUACCGGCGUAUCGUUCACUAUCCCGAGGAGUACACGAUUGAACCACUGCGCGUCACGAACCUAGCCGGUAGAGAUCCAGCAACAGGACGCCUAGUAGCUAAAGGUAUCGGUGGUGGUAUCAAGCACAAAUAUCACUGGAUAAAGUGGGUCCGAGAUGGACCCAGCGAAGGACCACCUCAGAUUGAAAAAGUCAUCAAUGUGUUUGACGAUGGUUGUCGUACCGCAAAGGUGGCACUAGUAGCAGUUGGAAAUGAGAUGAAAUAUAUUCUCGCGACAGAGAAUAUGAAGGCCGGAGAUUUAUUAAAAACCUCACGCUUCAUCCCUCGAAUACCUGUUCGCGCCAAUGAAGGAGAUGCCUAUCCAUUAGGUGCUCUACAAGUAGGCACCCAAGUCCAUUGCCUCGAGAAGUAUCCGGGACAAUAUUGUCAUCUGAUUCAUGCAGCCGGUUCGUAUGGAACGAUUCUACGUAAAUUCGGUGAGCUGGUCGUUGUACAGCUUCCUUCGAAACAAGAGUUUGCCUUUCAGCAAACAUGCAUGGCUACGGUAGGACGCGUUUCCAAUAUCGCGCACAGCAAAACACCGAUUGGAUCCGCCCAGAAAAAUCGAGAAUUGGGCAACCGACCGCGUUCGGGUCUGUGGCAACGCAAAGACGGCCGACACGGUCGAAAAGUACGUCGUUUACCUCCGAUGCGAGUUAUUUCUCCUCCAGCGGCAAAGCCCGCGGAACCCCUUAAGUUAACUAUAACACUGUGA